CUAGACCAUAAUUGACUAAAAUGUCUUCUGCCGAAUAAUGCCCCAUGAUGAGGGAUAUCCGCAUGGCGAGAACCGUUCUUGACCGGUCUAGCUAGCCCACCAUUUUUCUUCGCGGUUUCCCUUCGCCCGCUUUCUUUUUCUUUUUCUACAAAGUAGCUCACUUCCUUUCCUCUUAUCUUCGUGCCUCAUAUUUCGUCUAAUGUCUUUGGAUUUGCUUUUCUCUACUUAACUUGUCCACUGCUGGGGCUCGGUGAAUUUUAGCCACAGUAUGGCUUUUACAUCUGCCAUACACACCGGGAGGCAUUCCCCCACAAUCAGCCCUCAAGGACUAGGCGCAGAGCGUAAAGAAGCCGCUAUGGAACGCUCCGAGAAGGACGCUGUUGUUCGUGACAGUGAAGAAGUACUCGAAGAUGAUUCCAAGAAGCUUGCCUACGACCAUACGCAUCGCAAGCUGAAGCCCAGACAUAUCCAGCUCAUCGGUAUCGGUGGCACAGUCGGGACCGUGUUGUACGUCCAGAUUGGUAAGGCACUGAUAGAAGGUGGUCCUGCCAGUCUCUUCAUCGCAUUUAUUGUCUGGUUAGUCAUGCCCUUACCAUUCCCUUCCAUUGUCUUUCGUUGUUCCCUCACGGUGCUGCAAUUCUCAUCUUGUGAGCUGUCUCAAAGGGUCUCGUUCAUAGGUAAGUUUCUUGAGUCGGAAGCACAAAGUACAAGAACCUGCUUUCGGCCAAUCAUCAGCAGCUACAAGGAUGUUGGUGAACAUCAGAUACCCCAUGCACUAUGCGUAGAUCAAGCAGUGUCAACUGCUUCCUUGUUCCUGACGUGUGCUUCACCCUAGAGACAGCAGAAUUCCGGGAUUGUCUGGCCUUACCUUAUGCAUAUUGCUGCUAAAUAUAUGGAAU